GCCUGGGAUCCCCCAAAGAGUGAAGGGAAAGGACUCGCAGGGGAGGAACUGGUGCGCGCGCUCAGAAGCUAACGUGCCUCGGCUUCGGCUACGACAAGGUGUAGCUUUGGGCUGUGUGGGGGCUUGGCUUGAGGAGGGGGCCCUACUUCCUCGUCCUCCUCCUCCUUUUGCCUUUCGGCGUGUACCCGAUCGUUGCCUAGGCGGGGUCCCGGUUAGAAGAUCGUGCGUGCCAGUGGCGGGAUCGUCCGCCCCUCCUCUCCUUCUCCCGCCCCGUUCGCUCCCCUGCCCCCUCCCCCCUUUAGCGGCCGGGUGAUCUCUCUGGACAAGGCGUUAGCGACGGGGAAACGCGCAACCAGGCUUAAAGUAUGGCAAGCGAAGAUGGUUUCUGCCAAGGAGCCAACGAUCGCUAUGUUUUCGGGUCUGUCGAUCAUCUUUGUACACUUCCUGUGCUGGGCGACCUGUGUCACCGCGCUCCCGGGACAGCUCAGAAAGGAAGAGAAAUUAUGGCCGGAGAAUUUUACACGCAUCCUGGACCGCCUCUUGGAUGGCUAUGACAACAGGCUGCGUCCUGGAUUUGGGGGUCCUGUUACUGAAGUCAAAACAGAUAUCUAUGUCACAAGUUUUGGACCUGUUUCUGAUGUAGAAAUGGAAUAUACAAUGGAUGUUUUCUUUCGUCAGACAUGGGUGGACAAGAGAUUAAAAUAUGAUGGUCCCAUUGAAAUUCUAAGAUUAAACAACUUGAUGGUUAACAAAGUGUGGACCCCAGAUACUUUCUUUCGGAAUGGAAAAAAAUCUGUGUCUCAUAAUAUGACAGCCCCAAAUAAACUAUUUAGAAUUAUGAGAAAUGGCACCAUUCUCUAUACAAUGAGGCUCACCAUAAGUGCUGAGUGUCCCAUGAGAUUGGUGGAUUUCCCAAUGGAUGGACAUGCCUGUCCGCUAAAAUUUGGAAGCUAUGCAUAUCCAAAGAGUGAAAUGAUCUACACCUGGACAAAAGGGCCAAAAAAUUCAGUGGAAGUCCCUGAAGAGUCUUCUAGUUUAGUUCAAUAUGACCUACUUGGACAUACAGCAUCUACUGACACAAUUAAAUCUAUCACAGGUGAAUAUGUGGUCAUGACAGUACACUUCCAUCUCCGAAGGAAAAUGGGAUAUUUUAUGAUACAGACAUAUAUUCCGUGCAUCAUGACUGUGAUCCUCUCCCAGGUGUCAUUCUGGAUUAAUAAAGAAUCUGUUCCUGCCAGAACUGUUUUUGGAAUAACCACUGUGUUGACCAUGACAACUUUGAGCAUCAGCGCCAGGCAUUCCUUACCUAAGGUCUCCUAUGCCACAGCCAUGGAUUGGUUCAUAGCUGUAUGCUUUGCCUUUGUAUUCUCUGCGCUGAUUGAAUUUGCGGCUGUCAACUAUUUUACGAACAUUCAGAUAGAAAAAGCCAAAAGGAAGGGGGUGAAAUCCAUCCCUGAAUGUUCAGCGGCACCUGUACAGAAGGAAAUUUGUACAGAGGAGACAUCCACGUGUACAGAUUCAAAUUCAAAUGUGAGGAAAAGAACAAACACCAUAGUACAACCAGAUUUGGAGACUGCUAAAAGAAUUGACCCAGGAAACAAUUCAUUGCCUUCUUCUUCAUUAACUCAGGGGCCCUUGGACAUUAUGCCCCGAUCGCCUUCAGCUUCAAGUCCAAACCCAUUCAGCCGAAUUAAUAUAUCAGAAACACUGGCUUCUGCAAGAGCAACUCCUUCAGCUCCUCCAUCCACCCCAGUUUUAACAGGUUAUAUUGCCCAGCAGGACACCAUGGAAUCCCCGGCUAUUCAUCAUUUACUUGGAUCUAGACUGGAAGAGAUUCAGACUACCACAAAUGCUUUGGAAGUGCCCACAAAAUCCCCGUGCCUCAGUUCUCCUCCUGCUCCAUCAGCCUGCAGCUCUGGCACCAGUAAGAUAGACAAAUAUGCACGCAUUUUGUUUCCUGUCACUUUUGGAGCAUUUAAUAUGGUCUACUGGGUAGUUUAUCUUUCCAAGGACACCAUGGAAAAAACAAAAAAUCUAAUGUAGUCCUGCUGCUAUGUAAUAUCUUCUCUCCCCCCCGCCCCCCGCAGUUUAUUCUAAACAUGUAUGGAUGCAGAGUUUCUUCUUUUAAAAGUAUUUUUUUUUAAAGGAGUCUUAACACUGAUUUUAUAAACAAAAGCUCUGUAAUCAUUUUCCCAUGGUGAAGGGCAGGUAUUCUUAGAUUAUUUUAAUUCAGCAAAAGUUGGGGAGGCCAUAAAUAGUGUCUUCCAGGCUCUUUACAAAGGGCAUUUUGUAUGAACAAACUACAUUGGGCCAUUGAGAAGAACAGAUAUAGGAUAUUAAAGUCAACUGCGGAUGCAUACAGAUGUAUGAGAAAUGCUCUGUUUUUUCUAAAUUUGUAUAUUGAUAAAUAUAUUUCUAUAUUUUCACUACUUAAUUUCACCACUCCAGUGUGAGUUGUGAUACCUGUCACUUGGAUGCUCAUCCAGAUCUUUGUUACUACAGGCCUUCCUUUAACAAAUAUUUGGUAGCAUAAUCUCAUACCUAUCUGUUCAAAAGCAAGUCCCUCUUAGGGUCGAUGAGUUUAUUUCCCAAUAAGUAAAUAGAGUACUGUGUCAGAAUGGUGACUAAUUGUGCUCUCAAGUUGUUUUUGAUUCCUAGCAACCACAUAGAUUUUCUUCAUGAAUUGUGUCAAAGAAGAAGCAAAAGAACCUUAGGUGAUUGUAUAAGCACAAAGAUUAUGAAUGUGAUUAUAAACUUAAUAUAUGGGGAUCUUUUGGGAAUGAAAAGAAGGAUCCAGAGAAUAUGGUAGAUGUGUUUUAUUAAAUUGUUUUAUCUACUAAUAUAUGGGUUAUUAUGCCCAUGAACAGGGUUUUUUGAAAGUCUAUGCAAACCAUUAGAUGCUGAAUAUGGUUUAGUCAAGGUUAAAUAUUUGGAGAACAGCUGCUAAAUAUGAGAUGGAAAAAUGUUUAACUAGGAUGAAACUAAAUCUUGUCUUAUUGAAGGGAAUCACCUGGGAACUUUACUGAGUAGAUAGGACUUACAUUACUACAUUAAGAACUUUUUAAGUGUAUAAACAGCCAGCCAAUGGAACAAAAUACUCCGUGAUAUAAUGAGUUCUCCUAUCUUAAAGAGAAGCUGGAUAGUCAUCUGCCAGAGAAACUGUAGAGGAUCUGGCACUGAGCAAUGGCUUGGAGUAGAUGAUCUAAAAUGUAUAUUCCAACUCUAUGAUUCAAGUCCUUUAUAUAGACUUUGAAAUAUUUGCAUCACACUUCCCUGACCCAAUGCUCCUCAGAUCACAGAAUCAGAAUAUGAGUUGAAAGCUAGUUUGUGAACAUUUGUUCUAGCCCUUGUUGUAUUCCCACAAUUUCCAGUCUAUAGACAAGAGGUUGUACGGGAGUUGAAAAUUGGAGGACUGGAGAGGACCAAAUAAAAAUAAUGUACUUAGACUUCCUUUUGUGUUUAGUUUGCAAUUGCCAACAUAAUAGAUGCUUCUCUUGCUGUCAUGCAUACCUUCCUACGUUUCUAUUGUGGUUUAGCCUGAAUAUAAAAAUUGUGAGAUCCCUGUUGCAAACAUUUUAAUGUAAAAUCAGUUGAUACAUUAACCAUUGUUGUGUUGGACUUGCUUCUUGUAGUUCUUUAACAAGACACACUGCAAACAUGACAUUUUCUACACAAAAAUUACUGCAGUAAUCUAUGCAGAUUAUUGGUCUGGCAGUAAUCUAGAUCUGGGCCUAAAUCAUUGUGAUAAACAUAAAUGAGAAGGUGGUAAAAGCUCCAUUGUUUCCAGGCAUUAAAAAAGUCCAACAGUCUUUUGUCCAUUUUUAACCUAUCAAUCAAAUGGUGGGUAAUCAAUAGUCCUCUGCCAAAUGACAUUUGCACAGAUUGUCUCUGUAUCACUAUUUGUCACCACCAAGUGGGAAUUUUUUAAAAAAAUCAAAACCUAAAGAGAACUUCAGAAAUAUGUUCCUACUCCCCCAUAAAAUAGAAAUUCAUAAAUCUAUUCCAGACAUCUGCCCUCCUUACAUCACAACCAUGUUUGCUGCAUCUUUUCUUUCUUUCUUUCUUUCUUUCUUUCUUUUUCUUUCUUUCUUUCUUUUUCUUUCUUUCUUUCUUUCCUCCCUUCCUCCCUCCCUCCUUCCUUCCUUCCUUCCUUCUCUCUCCCACUCUCUCUCUCUGUGAGAGAGAGACAGAGAGAGAGAGAGAAAAUUCAAAGUGGCCUCCAGUCAUCAACAGUUUGUCCACCCCAUAUGGAGAACAGGGCUUAUUUAGUAAUAUGAGGAAAGCUACUACCGUGUUUCCCCGAAUUUUUUUUGGGGGGGUGGGCCUAAUAUAAGCCCUACCCCAAAACUAAGCACAGGGGAUGGGCGUGGCCAGCACAAGAGCCAGUGAGUGUGUGGGAGCCGAUGGUGUCUGGCAGUAGCUGCAGUCUGCUGGCUCCUUGGCACAGUGCAGAUAAGUCUGAGCGCAGAGGCAGAGGUGUGGGGGGGGGACGGACAGACAAUCCGGAUAUGUGUAGCUGCCUGGCUCACAGGAGGCUUGUGCAGCAACACUGCAGGUGGAGGCAGAGACACAGGGGGAGGCAGGUGAUCCUGACACCCCAUGUGGGCACCUGCCCCGACGCAGCGAUGAGCAAGCCAAGAGAUGGUGGGAUGGAACUAAUUGCUCCAUUUCAAAUCACACCAUUUGCAAACAAACAAAGCUUCCAGUCUCUGUCAUUUCUCUGUCCAGGUGAAAAGUGCAUCUGCCCUGGGAAACUAUUGUAGCCGUGGGUAAGCAGAUGGGAGGGAGUGGGUGGGCAGGCAGGCAGCUGCAAAAUAAGACAUCCCCCAAAAUAAGACCUCUUGUUUCCCCCCCAAAAAAUAAGAUUGGGUCUUAUUUUGGGGAAAACACGGGUCAAUGAAGUCAGGAAAUCUCUUCAAAGACAUUAUAAUAAUACACUCAAAUAUUUUAGAUCCAAAUGUGAGUAAUUCUAAAGAAAUGACUUUGGACUAGUCCUGCUGGACUCCUGCAGACAGUCAGCAUUUUUUCUUGAUCUUUACUUUAAAAAGGGAAAGAUAGGAAAGCUACCCUGCCAUGUUUGGUUUGCAAGAAAAAUGUUUUUUCUCCUGUUUCCGUUUGCUGCAUCUUUUCUGACCUUAAUGUUUCUCAUGCCCUGGGCUAGGAGUGCCCUCAGAAUAUGGUUAAAUCAAGAUAGCAUCUGCAAUUGUGCGAUCAGAGCUCUACCUGAUUUUUAUAUGUGUUCCAUGCAUGACGCAUAUAAAACCAGACUGGAACAUUGUUCACAUAUCAUAUCUAAUUAUACCUUUACAGAUCUCAUCUGUAGUUUUAUGGACAUACACUCUGCAUAUUCCUGCUAUGGACUUAAUGUUUCAUUAAUUGAUUGUCAUUUAAUGUUGUCUUUCUUGUUUCUUCAUAUUCUGCCAUAAAAUAUGGACUUAAUCACAGUUUAAUUCCAAUAAAACAUGAAAAGGAAAAGUGUUAUGUAUUGAAUAUAUAUAUAUAGUUGUGUUAAGCCCUGUUAAAGUGAAACUAACCUUUAGAUGACCCUAACUGUUAACUCCAACUGUUUUGGAGGGAAACUUAGAACAUUCAUAUUUGAGUGGGCUUUUUCAAGUAUUAUGAUUGGUUAAGGCCCUAUGGGCCUAGAGUAUAAAUUACAGGCAUUUGCCUGCUGUUCCUCAGUUCCAAAUUUAAGUCAAUAAAUGUUGUUGUAGCUAU